AUGUCGACGGCCCUCGAAACGAAAAUCCUGCCAGUGAAGCCAGAGUCCAUCUCGUUUGACGCGGCAGGAACAACCCUGACUAUCACCGACGCAGAGACAAAGCAAAAUCUAGAGUACGCCGCAGAUAUCCUGCGGAAUACCCACCACGCCGUCGGGUUCCCUACCGAGACAGUCUACGGACUGGGGGGCUCGAGUCUGAGCUCCGAAUCAGUGAAGUCCAUAUACGCCGCCAAGAACAGACCGGCAGACAACCCUCUGAUCUCGCACGUCUCGUCGGUCGACCAGCUCAAACGAAAACUCAUGGUCCCAAGCCAGGAGAUACCCGAGAUAUAUGCACCUUUAAUUGAGAAGUUCUGGCCUGGCCCGCUCACAAUACUGCUGCCAAUGCCUGAAAACGUCCAUGACUCGCCAAUAUCACAGCUUGUUACCUCCGGCCAGCCGACGUUCGCCGUCCGAAUGCCCCAAAAUCCGGUUGCACGUGCGCUGAUUCAUAUAGCCGACCUGCCGCUUGCUGCUCCAUCGGCAAAUGCGUCGACAAGACCAUCUCCCACCACGGCCGCGCACGUCUUCCACGAUCUCAAGGGACGCAUUCCGCUUAUUUUGGACGGGGGACCGUGCGAUGUCGGACUCGAAAGUACGGUUGUAGACGGCCUAUGUGAUCCGCCUAUGCUCCUCAGGCCCGGUGGAAUCUCGCUGGAGCAAAUAAAACAGGCAGGCGGGCCACGGUGGCAGAAUAUUGUGGUUGCGAAAAAAACGGCAGGAAAACUAGAGCCUGUGCGGACACCAGGAAUGAAAUAUCGCCACUACUCACCGACAGCAAGGGUGGUUUUGUUUAAUAAUUGUGGGGAUGGAAAGGAAAAAGUCAAAGCAUACCUGGAAAAGAACAAUUUGCAGAAUAAAAAGAUCGCUCUGCUUAAGACCCGUUGCUUUGCUAAAGCAAAUGACAUCAGUCCUCUUAUUUACUAUGACGGAACUCUUGGAACUUCAGGCGACGAGAUCCAGCGGAACCUGUUUUCCGCUCUGAGAGCCCUCGACGCUGAGGAGUACGACUACAUAUUGAUCGAAGGCGUGGAAGAGACUGGUGAGGGCCUUGCGAUCAUGAAUAGACUAAGUAAAGCAGCCAGCGAGACUAUUAAUGGAUGA